UACACAAUAAUACUUCUCUUUCUCUUUUUCUUUCUCUAGUUGAUAUUAUAUUAAUAUGGUUGAAAGGAGUUUCUUGUUUUUGUUGAAUGGGGUGCACAAACAUUGAUAAUCUUAUUUAUUUAGCUCCUUUGGUGGUAAACUGUCGAUGAAAAGAAAUGGGAAAACAAAACUAUAUUUGCUUUUAGCAUAUGUUAGGAGGUUGCAUGCAGGGGCAGGGUGUGAUAGUAACUCAUAUUAUAGAAGAAAUGGCUCUAUCUUGUGUAUUUUCCAUUGGUGGCAAAAAGGUGGCAGUUGGGGUGCCUCUAUUAACUUGCAUUAAUAUCAUUAUCAAUGGAGCCUAUGUUUUCUGGGAUAGUUUUUUUUCUUUUCUGUACUCAGUUGAGCUGAACUUUGGUUUUGUUAUUUGAUUUUUCUGAAUGGAGAUAUCAAGAAUUUGGCAAUGGUUAAAUCUUCUAGUAUGUGUACUGUUAUUAAUAAAGUCAGAUGGAUCUGGUUUUGUUCCAAUCACUUAUUUGGAGGAUGCAGAGUCAAAAGGAGCCGUUUGUUUGGAUGGUAGUCCUCCGGCAUACCACUUCGAUAAGGGAUCCGGUGAAGGUGUUAACAGCUGGAUUGUUCAUCUUGAGGGAGGAGGAUGGUGCAGUGAUGUGUCUUCUUGCCUUGAACGCAAGGACACUCGCUUAGGUUCAUCCAAACAAAUGGAUACUCAGGCUGGCUUUUAUGGAAUACUUAACAAUCAACAGGAUUAUAAUCCAGAUUUCUACAACUGGAACAGAAUCAAGAUUAGGUACUGUGAUGGAUCAUCAUUUACUGGUGAUGUGGAAGAAGUUGAUCCAACAAACAAUCUGCACUUCAGAGGAGCAAGAAUUUUUGAAGCAGUCAUUAAGCAUUUACUUGCAAAAGGAAUGGAGAAUGCUGAAAAGGCUAUUCUAUCUGGAUGCUCUGCUGGAGGAUUGGCUGCUAUAUUGAACUGCGAUCGCUUCAAAUCCUUCCUACCAAAUGGCGCUAGAGUGAAAUGCGUGCCGGAUGCUGGCUAUUUUAUCCAUGUACCAGAUGUCUCCGGAACAAAGCGCAUUGAAAAUUUCUACAAAGGAGUUGUUGAAACACAUGGAUCAGCAAAGUAUUUGUCUAAAUCCUGCACUUCAAAAUAUGGUGCUGGCCUGUGCUUUUUCCCACAAUAUGUAGUACAAGAUAUCGCCACGCCCAUUUUCGUUGUAAAUGCGGCCUAUGACUCAUGGCAGAUUAGAAACAUUUUGAUACCGGGCAUGGCGGAUCCACAUGGCAGCUGGCAAAACUGCAGGGAUGACAUAAGCAAUUGUACACCUGAUCAACUAGAUGCUGUGCAAGGUUUUAGAGAGGAUUUCAUAAAGGCAUUGAGUGGGGUGCAGAACUCUCCAUCAAAAGGAAUGUUCAUAGAUUCUUGCUACAUCCACUGCCAAACGGAAAUGCAAGAGUCUUGGUUCAAAACCGAUGCACCUCAGCUUGCAAACACUACUAUUGCUAAGGCUGUUGGUGACUGGUUUUAUGAUCGAAAGCCUUUCCAACACAUUGAUUGUGCCUUCCCAUGCAACCCAACUUGUGGUAAACCCGUCUUAAAUGUCAAAGUCCACCCUGAAUUCUAGAUAUAUAUGAUCUUAUAUUUCAUACAGUUGUGGAAAUAACGCAAUGUAAUGAGUAAUAACUGUUAUUAUUGUUGUAAUCUUCUCUUAAUGAUAUAUCAUAUUUUAUGUUUGUAA